GAUGGCAAGAUUAUGGGGCCUCCAGCCGUCCAGGCGUCCACGCAUCCUGCGUCAAGAACAACGAUGGACUCGGUUUUGGUUUUAUAGGCCAUUCCUUGAGCGUAACUUCUCUCCCUUUCUACAUCUCUUGGUGCUGCGCGUCUGCUUCGCUGCCUGCUGUGUGACAACUUUACACAAUCCCGGGGAGGCGGGGACACAUCAAAAGGAUUCCCCUUUCUUACUUUCUUUCCCCCUCCCACAGUCCCACCUCUUCUUCCACCACCACCAUCCCCACUCCACCACUCAACCUUCUUCACAUUUUCGAAAACCCUAGUCAGAAUCCUUACCAGUCACCGCUAAUCGACCCCCCUCAAAUUUUCUGCAACGGAAAGGAUCAGGGGCAGGCUAGAAGAAAAAUAACAACAAGGACAAAAAAGAUCUUCGAAAUUCUUGUUCAUUCUCUCCUCUUAGAGGAAAAAAAAGCAAGGAAAAAGAGAUAAGUUUAACUUUUGAGCUUCCUUCUCUCCAUUCCUGUUCAAUCUAUUCGAAUUUGAUCAGUUUUGGAAACAAGAGCGAACCCUUCAAAAUUCGAGUUCCCUAGAAUUGUUCUAUUCUGUGACCUCUUUAACUUCUGCGCUACUAUGUUGUUUUUUAUUUCUUUUUUUAUGAUCAUACAGAGAUUGCAAAUGCCUUCAAAAACUAGGUUUUGAAAAUUUUCAAGGACCAGUUUCUUUAUUUUUUUCUUUAGUCGUUCAAGGAGAAGGGGGUUUAGUUUAGACAAAAAAAAAAUUAAGGGGGAAAUGGGAAAUAUUGGAAGCAGUAGCGGUGGUGGUUAUAAUAGUAGGCGAAGACAUGGGAAUCAUCACAGCCACCCACCACCCCAUCCUCCCCAACCUCCUCAGCCUGAAAUCACCGGAAACCGCUACGUUUUCGCCGCAGCAACCCCUUACCCUCCCCAAUACCCCAACUACAACCAGCCUCAGUACCAUCAGUACCCCGGCUAUUACCCUCCGCCACCAUCGACGAUGCCGAUCCCAUUGCCCGCUCCGUAUGAUCACCACCAUCGUGACGGUGGCGGUGGCGGUGGUCCCCAUGCCGAUCCUGUUCAUGCAAAUUGGGCCGCUGGGCAUUAUCGCUGUGGGAAUGAUCUCCAUCCCCCCACCCCCUAUGUUGAGCACCAGAAGGCCGUUACCAUUCGUAACGAUGUCAAUCUCAAGAAGGAGACGCUGAGGGUUGAGCCAGACGAGCAGAACCCUGGGCGCUUCCUCGUAGCUUUCACCUUUGAUGCCACUGUCCCGGGAAGUAUCACUAUAAUUUUUUUUGCAAAAGAAGGUGCAGACUGUAACCUGUCACCAGUUAAAGAAAACCUGAUUCCACCAGUCACAGUAUCUUUCCAACAAGGUCUUGGGCAGAAGUUCAGGCAACCUCCGGGAACCGGAAUUGACUUCUCAAUGUUUAAGGAAGCCGAGUUGAUGAAAGAGGAUAAUAUGGAAGUGUAUCCCCUUGCUGUGAAGGCAGAGGCAUGUCCAGUGGAUUCAAGCAGAACGGAGACAGGAAAUCAAAUGCCAGGAUCCGCGAAUUCUCAGAUAACUCAGGCGGUAUUUGAGAAGGAGAAAGGUGAAUACCAAGUGAGAGUGGUGAAACAAAUUCUAUGGGUGAAUGGAAUGAGGUACGAGCUGCAAGAGAUUUAUGGGAUUGGAAAUUCCGUUGAUGGUGAGUUUGAUGGGAAUGACCCGGGAAAAGAAUGUGUCAUCUGCCUGUCAGAACCUCGUGAUACUACUGUGCUUCCCUGCCGCCAUAUGUGCAUGUGCAGUGGAUGUGCGAAAGUUCUGAGGUUUCAGACAAACCGAUGUCCAAUUUGCAGGCAACCAGUUGAAAGGCUUUUGGAGAUCAAGAUCAGUAAUAAUAAUAAUAAUAAUAAUAAUAGAUCCGAAGACUGAAGAUUGACAUGACAAUUGACAGAUAUAGUGAGUGCACAGCGUUGUAAAUCCUUUAUUAUGUUUUCUGAUUCAACUUUCAACCUCUCCCUCCCUCCACCGUUUCAUCAUCCCUGAGGCCUUGACUGGAAUAAUCUGAAAAGAAGAGGUGUGAGAUAUAGUUAUAUGAUACUGUUCCAUGUGGAGUGGGGCAGAAGCCGAACAACUCUGUACCUAAUUAUAAGUAUUUUAUUAAACAGGUAGUAGCCAUGUUGAUCACGAAUUUGUCACAA